GGUGGUGAAUGGAGCGGAAUGGAGGUGGGUAGUGUUGCAGCUGUAAUGAUGGGUUACCAUUGCAGGUAAAGGAUGAAAACAUCCUUCCGCGCCCGUGAGUGCGGAGUCAGCGUGCUGCCGUCGAGGACCUGAGUGAAUGUGCGUGUGUGUUAGUUUCAGCAAGUGAAUGUUAGGAAUAUGGGACCAAUAUUGUGGCCCAAAGGGAUCAGGUUUCUGGCUCCAGUGACCCGUUCUAGUGCUGACCGCUGGUGUGUGCCCUGACCUCGCUGUCAUCCCCUCUCCUCUUGUCGCGGACCCGCGCCUUUCCCCCUGCCUUUCGACUUCAUGAAGAUUCGUCUCAUCGGUGAUGUGAUGAAUAAAUUUGAGGUCCUUGGGAUUGUAGGAGAGGGAGCCUAUGGGGUGGUUCUAAAAUGCAGGCACAAGGAUACGAAAGAGCUUGUGGCCAUAAAGAAGUUUAAGGACAGUGAAGAGAAUGAAGAGGUGAAGGAGACAACACUGCGCGAGCUGAAGAUGCUCCGCACCCUGAAGCAGGAGAACAUAGUAGAGCUGAAGGAGGCGUUCCGCCGCCGGGGGAAACUCUACCUGGUGUUUGAAUAUGUGGAGAAGAACAUGUUGGAGUUGUUGGAGGAGAUGCCCAAUGGUGCACCACCUGAUAAAGUUCGAAGCUACAUUUAUCAGCUGAUUAAAGCGAUCCACUGGUGCCAUAAGAACGAGAUAGUACAUAGAGACAUCAAGCCUGAAAAUCUCCUCAUCAGCUCCAACGACAUCCUCAAGCUGUGCGAUUUCGGCUUUGCCCGCAAUCUCUCAGAAGGCAGUGAUGCUAACUACACUGAAUACGUGGCCACGAGGUGGUACCGCUCUCCAGAGCUGCUUCUGGGGGCUCCGUAUGGGAAGGCUGUGGACAUGUGGUCAGUGGGGUGUAUUCUCGGGGAGCUGAGUGAUGGACAGCCUUUGUUUCCAGGCGAGAGCGAGAUUGACCAGCUCUUCACCAUUCAGAAAGUGCUGGGACCACUACCACCAGAGCAGAUGAAGCUUUUCUACAGCAACCCCCGCUUUGCAGGCCUCCGGUUUCCCACAGUCAGUCACCCUCAGACCCUGGAGAGGAGAUACUUGGGCAUCCUUAAUGGCCCCAUGUUGGAUCUGAUGAAGAACCUGCUGUUGUUGAACCCUUCAGAGCGCUUUCUGACCGAGCAGUGUUUGAACCACCACGUGUUCCAGGCACUACGUGUGCUAGAGCGGCCAGCGCCUCCCUCUCCCACCCCACCUCGUACCUCCAAGAGGAAGCCCUACCAUGGGGACAACACCAUCCCCAGCCGUAGUAAAAGUUCUAGUCACCGUCGCUCCACCGGCAAAGACUGUUCAUCACUGCCGCGCCAUGAGGACCUUCACCGAAGCACGGACAGCUUCCUGAAUGGCGGUUGUGGUCCCAUGACGACCAGCCUGAGCCCCACGCUUCACCCCAAAAGCUACCAGAGCCAGACGCUGAGCCGCUCAGUCUCCUGCAGCAAAGAGCUGGCCAACAGCAACCUGCCCCACCUCCUCAGCCCCAAAGACGCAAAAGGCAAGACUGAAUUCGACUUCACCCUUGGGGCAAAAGCAGGGAUCCCAGCUACUGGGGUGGACAGCUCUACCGGCAAGUACCUCAAAUCGUCCAAAACCAACCGGCACUCGUCCUUCCUGGAAGGCAAGACCAGCACACUGCAGUCAGGGGACAAGCAUGGGCGCCAUAGCCAGAGUUACAUGGAAAGCUCUCAUGGCUCCAUGCCAUCCUCAUCAUCCUCUAAGAGUGCUUCGUCCUUCCUUAGCCUGUCCAAAAGCCAUGGCACGCUGAGCGAUGCCAAGUCUGUCAGCAACCUUGCCGAGUCACGCCUCCAUCUAGACGAGCCUGUGUCAGGUUCAGGUUCAGGAUCAGGUUCUGGCUCUGGUUCCCGCUACUUCCCGGCGAGCUGCCUGGAUCUGAACGCAGCUCCGAACAGCCCACGGGCAGAGCGUCACUCUGGUUCAGAGCAUCAGGGCCACAGCCCAGCGGGACGGGGCAACCCACGGCUGGAGGGCGGCACCCUGGACUCGCGGCGCUCUUCGGGUCGCAAGAAGACUCCAGAGGAGUCAAAGGUCCCAGACACACUGGACCCAGCCAGAGCUGCUGCCGCCGCUGCCGCUGCUGCUGGAGCUCACACGCUCUCAGCCCCACAUGAGUCCUUCCCUUACGGCCUAGGCUACACUAGCCCCUUCUCAUCCCAACAGCGUCCCCAUAGGCAUUCAAUGUAUGUGCGACGUGAGCGGCAUCGAACCCAUGGGCAGGAGGCCCUUGCGGUAAACCAGGGCGUCCCAACACGAGCCAGCAGCCUCCAGCUGCUCUCCCCUCAACUCCCUCACCGCACAUUACCCCGCCAUCCCACCAGCUCAUCAAGAGAGGAGCUCAGCCAGGACCUCAGCAGGAGCGAACAGUCUCCCAAAGAGAAGCCUCACUCUCACGGCCCGAUUAAAGACUCGACGAGGGACAACACUGCUUCCUUCCACUCACAGCGCCCCAAAAACGAGGUGGGGAUGUAUCACGACCCACACAUGGAGGAUGGAACCUCGUCCAAAGAGAACAGGAUUAUCUACAGUGACUCCAUGCCUCGGAGAGUGGGCAGCUUCUACAGAGUCCCAUCUCCGCGACCAGACAACUCCUUCCACGACAGUGCAGGCCAGAGCAGAGUGCCGACUGUAGCAGCAGACAGCGCCACUCUGACCAACCACUCCAAACGCCAGACCAACUUUGACCCCUGGAAUAACUCGGAAGCAAUGGCCAUGAACCCACCAGAGGUUCCAAAACAGAAGGAAAAACAGGGUUUCUUCAGAGCAAUAAAGAAGAAAAAGAAGAAGUCCCAACCUACGGAGGGCUGCGAGGGAAGGAACCCGAGCAUCAAGAAAAGCCUUUUCCCUCUCUUUAACUCAAAGAAUAGCUUAAAGCAUAACUCCUCUGUGCUUCCUGUCCUUACUCAGCCCAUGGUUCCAGCUGAGGGCCAGCAGGACCAGCUUGUACUCCAGAGACCAGUCAAAUCCUCUUCCCAUCACAGCAGCCGUCACCGGAACCGGGACAGGGAUCGGGAGCGGGAUAGAGACAGGGAUCGAGAGAGGAAUCGAGAAAGAGGUCGCGAUCGAGACAGGGAGAGAGACAGAGACAACACCUGGCCAACAGAGAAACAUGCAGAUGUGCAGCCUCAGAACCAACCUCUGAAGUCACUGCGUAAGCUGCUGCAUCUCUCCUCACCCCCCUCCUCCUCCCCAGCUAGCCAACCUCCUCCUCCUCCUCCAGACCGCUCCUCCGAACUGCGCUUCCAGCCACUCCCAAACCCCGCCCCCAAAGCGCCCCCAAAUCUGCCUGACGCCCGAGGGCUUCCGGUGGGCAGCCUCACCCCCAACACCAAGAGCCGCAAGCCCCACAACUACCCUCUGCCAGGGCAGAUCGAGUCCAGCUGGCAUGCCUCGGCCCUGACCCGCGCCGAAGGGGCCCCCUACCCCGACCAAAUGGCCAGCAAAGGUGGGCAGAACGGCAUCGGCUUCGCCAGGCCCACCCGCCCCCGAAUGCCAAACCUCAACGACCUGAAAGAAACGGCUUUGUAGGGGAACCGGCUGCCUGGGGAAUGCUACACUGUACGCACAGCGCUGCUCCCCUGGCCAGAAGGUGGCGGUAGUCAUGUCUCAAGUUUGUUUUUUAACAAAAAGCAUCCACAUUUGAUAGAAUUUGUAUUAUCGUUCAUGACAUAUGGGUUGAGUUUUUCUGUUGGAUAUCUUAUCGACAUUGAUGAUAUGUAUCUACGUAUUUGUAAAUUUAUCGGUGGGGGAAAGAAAUCUGUGGAAUAGUAAAGCUUUAGUUUAUACACCAGAGAAUGUAUAAAUACUCAAUGUGUAAUAAUUCUAUAUUUCAUGGAGAUUAUUUAAUUAAUUAUGAGUGUCUUAAUAUUUACAUUGUACAGAGUGCAUUUUAUUGUUGUAACAAACGGUACAUAUUGUUAGGAUUAUUAUUAUUAUUACUAUUAAUAUUAUUAUUACUAUUUCUUUUCUUGGACAUUUUGUUCUAUCAAUCCUCAGUCUGGAGGCCUAGGCUUCCUAUACAUAUUCUAACACUCUGCAGGUUAAAGAUUUCAAUCUUGUGAGUUCUAACUCUAUAAAUCACAGAAGCUAGACUACUGGAGAUUCAUUUUUGUAAACUGGUUGUUUUCUGUACCGUAAGCUAGAUCAGUUAGGGCUUCACAAUAGCUGCCAGCGGUUUUGGGAUUUGCUCUAAAAUUUCUCCCUUAAGCCAAACCAAGUCUAAACAGCUAUAAAGGCUGAACACAGCCUCUGUGCUGCAGCCUCAAUUUAGUAGAGUGCCCACAGGGAGAUGCAUUUUCUCUGUCAGUAAUGUGUUUCAUACUGGUGGGUGAGAUGGUAGCCCCCAGGAAUCCGCCAUAUGCCUCUUCUCCACAGACCCAAUCAGCUGAUGGCAGGUGUGACAUUGCCUACGGCAUAGUACUCUGGUUCUCAUGCAGCACCAACCAGGGGCAAUCUCCGAGGGGCCAGGAAGAGCUAUUGUAUGACUUUGUACGGUUAAUUUGAGGACAGUCGCUGCCUGUCCUACCAUAUGAAUGUAGUGUAUACAUUUUCUUUGAGAUCUUUAAAAGGAUACUGAGGUGUUUUUCUGCCUAAUUUCUGUCUGCUGCACCUGCAUCAAACCGUCAGUUAUGAGUCGAUAAUUUAAACGCAUCUACUGGUACUUAGAAAAGAUCUGAAAACUCGUUGAAUUGAAAGAUGCUUAUAAUAGAAUAUAAAACGGCAACUAGCUACAUUUCCAGCUACUUUCUGCACAAACUGCAAGCGAUAAAAUGAAAAUGCCUUCAUGUUUCCAUUAACUUUUAGAUGAUGCUUUACAUGAUGAUGUCAUUUUCUGCAAAAAAAAAAAAAAAACCUUGUCACAUAAGCUUGGUUUUUC